AUGUCUGAAAAAGAACAGCAACCCGCUGCUGCUGCUGCCGCCGCCCCUGCAACUGGUGAAGCCCCUGUGGUCAAGACUGCCAAACAAUUAGAAAACGAGCGCAAGAAGGCUGAAAAGCUUGCCAAAUUCGAGGCUAAGAAGGCUAAGCAAGCCCAAGCUAAGGCACAGUCAUCUAAUGAGCCCAAGCCAAAGAAGGCCGACAAGAAACCUGCUGCUGAACCUACCCCUGAGUUUGUUGAUAAGACCGUUUCUGGCGAAAAGAAGAUUCUUGUCAGUCUCGAUGAUCCCGCUCUUAAAGCUUACAGCCCUAAGAAUGUUGAAUCUUCUUGGGAACGCUGGUGGGCUAAGGAGGGCUUCUUCAAGCCUGCUCUUACUGAGUCUGGUGAAAUCAAGCCCGAGGGAAAGUUCAUCAUCCCUGCUCCUCCACCAAAUGUCACUGGUGCUCUCCACAUUGGACACGCUCUUACCAUUGCCAUCCAGGACUCACUAAUUAGAUUUAACCGCAUGAAGGGCAAAACUACCCUCUUUAUCCCCGGAUUCGACCACGCCGGUAUUUCCACUCAAUCCGUCGUUGAGAAGAUGCUUUGGAACAAGGAGAAGAAGACUAGACACGAUCUUGGCAGAGAAAAGUUUGUUGAUCUUGUUUGGGAAUGGAAGGAAGACUACCACUCUCGCAUCAAGAAGCAGCUUCACAGCUUGGGUGCUUCCUACGACUGGACCUACGAGGCCUUUACUUUGGAUGACACCCGUUCCAAGGCUGUCGUUGAAGCCUUUGUUCGUCUCCAUGAUGAUGGUACCAUUUACCGUGCCAGCCGUCUCGUUAAUUGGUGUGUUGCCUUGAAUACCACUCUUUCCAAUCUUGAGGUUGAGAACAAGGAAAUCACUGGCAGAACUCUUUUGAGCGUUCCUGGAUACAGCGAGCCCGUUGAGUUUGGUGUCAUUACUUCUUUUGCUUACCCCAUUGAGAACUCUGAUGAGAAGCUCAUUGUUGCCACCACUCGUCCUGAGACUAUGUUUGGUGACACUGGUAUUGCCGUUCACCCUGAUGAUCCCAGAUACAAGCACCUUCACGGCAAGUUUGCCAUCCAUCCCUUCCUCGAAAGAAAGAUCCCCAUUAUUACUGAUUCCGAGGCUGUUGACAUGGAGUUUGGUACUGGUGCCGUCAAGAUUACCCCUGCCCACGAUCCUAACGAUUAUGCCACUGGUAAGAGACAUAACCUUGAGAUGAUCAACAUUAUGAAUGAUGACGGUACAUUCAACGAGAAUGCUGGACCUUACGCUGGUUUAAAGAGAUUUGAUGCCAGAAAGAAGGUCAUUGAGGAGCUCAAGGAGAAGGGUCUUUUGAUUGGAUCUGAAGACAACCCAAUGACCAUCCCCUUCUGUGCUAAGUCUAACGAUGUUAUUGAGCCUCUUCUCAAGCCCCAAUGGUGGGUUGCUCAAAAGCCCCAGGCUGAGGCCUCAAUCAAGGCUGUCAAGGAGGGCAAGAUUACCAUUUUCCCCAAGACUUCUGAAAAUGAAUUCUUCUCGUGGCUGGAAAACAUUCAGGAUUGGUGUAUUUCUAGACAGCUUUGGUGGGGUCACAGAUGUCCUGUUUACUUUGUCAAGGCUGAGGAUAGCUCUAUUGAGCAGGAUCCUGCUGAUAACCAAUGGUGGAUUGCUGGCAGAACUCUUGAGGAGGCUCAGGAGAAGGCAGCCAAGAAGUUCCCCGAUCUUAAGUACACUCUUGAACAAGAUGAGGACGUUUUGGAUACCUGGUUCUCUUCUGGUCUGUGGCCCUUCUCUACUUUGGGCUGGCCCGAGAAGACUGAGGACAUGAAGAAGUACUACCCCAUGUCUCUUCUGGAAACUGGCUGGGAUAUUCUCUUCUUCUGGGUUGCCCGUAUGAUUAUGCUUGGUAUCAAGCUCACUGGUGAGGUUCCCUUUACUGAGGUCUUUUGCCAUUCUCUUGUGCGUGAUGCCCAGGGCAGAAAGAUGUCCAAAUCUUUGGGUAAUGUCAUUGAUCCUCUUGACGUCAUCUAUGGUACACCUCUUCAGGCUCUUCACGACAAGCUUAAGCUUGGUAACCUUGAUCCUCGCGAGAUUGCCAAGGCUGAGGCUGGCCAGAAGCUUUCUUUCCCCAAUGGUAUUCCCGAGUGUGGUACUGAUGCUUUGAGAUUUGCUCUUUGUGCUUACACUACUGGUGGUAGAGACAUCAAUCUUGACAUUAUGCGUGUUGAGGGUUACAGAAAGUUCUGCAACAAGAUUUACCAGGCUACCAAGUUUGCUCUCAUGAGAUUGGGAGAUGACUACAAGCCCCCUGCUUCUUUGGAGCCUUCUGGAAAGGAAUCUCUUGUUGAGAAAUGGAUUCUCCACAAGUACACUACUGCUGCAAAUACCAUUUCCAAGGCUCUUGAUGAGCGUGAUUUCCUUACUGCCACCACUGCUGUGUAUAGCUACUGGCUUUACGAGCUGUGUGAUGUUUACAUUGAGAACUCCAAGUACCUGAUUGUUGAGGGUACUCCUGAGGAGAAGAAGUCUGCUCAAGAUACUCUUUACAUUUCAUUGGAGGGAGCCUUGAGACUGAUCCACCCCUUCAUGCCCUUCAUUACUGAGGAGCUGUGGCAGAGAAUUCCCAAACAUGCUGAUGCACCUGCCUCGAUCAGUAUUGCUGCUUACCCUGAGUUUAAUGAGAAGGCCAAUAACCCUGAGGCUGAAUCUGCUUACAAUCUGAUUCUUGAGGUUGUCAAGGGUGCCAGAUCGAUUCUUGCUCAGUACAAUAUUUUGAAGAAUGCCACUAUUUUGGUUCAGGCCACUACUGGUGAAAUUCAAAAGACCAUUUCCGAGCAGGAGGCUUCUAUUCUGUCUUUGGUCAAGGCAGCUACCAAGCUUGAAGUUUUGGGAGCUGAUGACAAGGUCCCCUCUGGAUCAGUUGUUUCAGUUGUUUCACCUGAAGUUUCAGUGUUUGCAAUUGUCAAGGGUCAUGUUGAUUUUGAUGCUGAGAUUGAAAAGGCUAAGAGCAAGAUUUCCAAGACUGAGAAGAGCAAGGCUCAGUUGGAGAAGCAGGUGAAUGUUAAGGACUACGAGACUAAGGUUCGUCCUGAGGUUCGUGAGGCUAAUCAGAAGAGACUUGAGAACUUUGCUGCUGAGAUUUCUGGUCUUCAGGCUGUUGUUGAUACUUUUGAGAAGCUCAAGUUGGAAAACUAA